UUUGUGUAUCACACAGUAUGAUGAUUGUGCCUCCCUGACAACCAGAACCCUUCGAUGAAGCCAGAAGAGUGACAGAGUGAUGGCAUCACACAAGGCAGUAAGACAGGUGAUUGCUCUUGUGCUCCUAUACUGCAGUCUGGAGACACAGGCAGACAGACAGCCCCGACAUUUACCUCCUGAGGAAUUGACAGAUGCACAAGUGUCACACUUUCAUGCCAGAAGAACAAGAGAGUUGAAAAAGCUGACUGAAAUUGAAGUUGUGCUUGCAAUACGCGUCCCAGUUGCUGAAGUGCCACCAGAUUUCACUGAUCUUCUGAGGCACCAGCUGAGAAAUGUCUCCUUACCAAACACCAUCACUAAAUCUGUAGUUGCAACAGAGGUAAAUCUCACAACAGUGUGCAAGCCAGACACCACUGGAGUGCACCAGUGUAAUUGUGAGGAGCGGUUUGGUUGGUCAUGUGACAAAUGUGUGACACAUGAUGUGUGCAACAGCACAGUAGCAGAAACCUGUGGCUGUAUAAAUGGACUUCCUUAUGAUGGACAGUUUUGUGAACCAAUCACAGGUCUCACUCUGUGCCAAUCAUCAACAACACAGACUACGCCAAGUGCCACUCCAACACAAACAGUGACAACAAUGAUAACGCCAACAACGCCAACAACAACAACAACAACAACAACAACAACAACGGACCCAACUAUUUCUUUUUCUGUUCUCGAGAGGAACCUUGAGUUUUCAAUGGACCUCGAGUUUAAUCCUUCCUUCAACAACCCCGACCAUGAGAUGUUCAAAGAAAUCGAUGCUGUUAUUAAAGUACAGUCUGAGAUGUUCAUCAGCAAUCUGAUAUCAGCAGAGUUAAAGAAAUUGAGGAGUGGGAGUGUCAUCGCUGAAUAUAUUAUCCGAGCAACCUCUUUUGAACCCGGGGAACUUGCUUCAGUAGAAAAUGGAAUAUCUUCACAGCUAGGGGAAAAAUUCAACAUAAUAACUCAAAGUCCAACACCUUUAAGUUUUACACCAAAUCAGAUAUUUGCUGGAGAAGCUGUGACUGUUACAUGUGGGCCGCCGCCUGACAGUCUAAAUUUUAGAGAAAACUGGACAGCAGAGUGGAAAAUUAAUGAAAAGCCAAUCACUGUGAGACACCAAGCUUUUAAACAGAAUGGUCAAGCAAAGCUAACAGUGACUCCUGCUUUCCUCAGUGACUCUGGAACUUACCAGUGCUUUCUGAGAGACAGGACUGUUUUCCUGCAGACUGGAUCUCUCAGCGUCAAACCUGUACCUGCAAUCCAAGUGAACCCCAUCAGGACAAAUGUCAAAUGUGAGGAUGGAAGCACGACACGAGUGCUGUUGCAAUGCUCUGUCCAAAGCCCGUACCGGGUGCAGCUCAAAGAUGGGGAUGAGGUACUUGUGCAAGGCAGUAGCUCCGCUGCGAUUACUCAUAAUUACGAGAUUACCGACUGUGAAAACCAGGAGAAGCAAAUCAUUUGUGAAGAGCAAAACAAUCGGAAAUUUAAGGAGACAAUAACAGUCGACAUAUCCCCAGAAGCGUUUACAUGUCUUGAUGAUGAUGAAUUUGGUAGUGGAAGGGUUGGUGACACGGCUAAAGCUGCCUGCAAACCAGAUGAAGAGGGGGAGAAGACAGCAGUUUGUGAAGCCAGUGGUGAAUGGGGAGAUCGUCAAGACAGCUGCAUCCUGAAAGUGUUGUUGGCGCUCCUGUCCGAGUCCCAGUUUCUGGAUGAGAUUAUACUCUCAGAUUUCCUGGGGCGACUCAGCAAUGUCACGGGCAACUUCACUGAGAGAAUAGUUGAAUCCCCUGCCAACAUUGGUGCCAUUGUUAAAAUACUCGAACAGGUGGCAAAUGUUUCACGGUCCUCUCCAAUAAAUGAAAAUCAAAUUACGGAUAUCCUGACAACAGUAGAUGUCCUCGUGUCAGAUGGAGCAAAGGAGUCAUGGGACUUUCUAAAUGCCAAUGCAACUAGAAACAGUUCAGCUCAAAGGAGUGCCAGCCUUGAACCUCUAAGUGCCAGUUCAGCGUUGCUUUUAUCCCUUGAGACUGUAUCAAAUGCUCUAAGCAAUGACUCCUUUGAAAUUGCCACACCACUCAUCCUGUUGAACAAAACAGCGAUCACAGGCUCCUUCAGUGCUGAUCUUAACUCUUCUGUGGUGAUAGAUGUUUCAGUGCCUGGCGACCCCUCUAGCACGAUCACUACCAUAACAUUUGCCUCAAUGGAUAAUGUACUCCCUGCAAGAAACGCAAGCAAUUCUACUAUAAACACCAUCAACGGAAAUGUGGUUCUGGUAAAUUUCAAAGGCAGCAUCAACAAUGUGUCAUUCAGCUUUGAUAUCAUAAAUGAGACCCUAGGAAACCCUCAGUGUGUCUUCUGGAACUUCAGCCUCUUCAAUGGUCUUGGUGGAUGGGACGAUGAGGGAUGCGAGUUGGUGUCUAACGCUAACGAAACUGUCACUUGCAACUGCAACCAUCUCACCUCAUUCUCCAUCCUUAUGUCGGCCUUCAUUCCCAAAGAAAUUCAAGCUAUUUUGGCUUAUAUAACGUACAUUGGAGUGGGCAUAUCCUUGGGGUGCUUGGUGAUAUGUCUCAUCAUUGAAGCCAUCAUAUGGAGAAAAGUAUGCAACAACAACACUUUACGCUUAUAUCAUGUUUCCAUUGUCAACAUUGCUGUGUGUCUCCUAAUUGCAGACAUUUGGUUUAUUAUCGCAGCUGCCAUUUCAAGUCCAAAUGUUGAAAAUCCACCAGCAUGCAGAGCAGCAACAUUCUUCAUCCACUUCUUCUAUCUGGCCCUUUUCUUCUGGAUGUUGGCAUCUGCUCUAUUUGUGCUCUACUAUUCAGUGCAUGUCUUUGAUGGAGUUGUGUCUGAACACGCCAUGGCUAUUGGUUUCUCUCUAGGCUAUGGGGCACCUCUCAUCAUUGCAAUCAUUACAAUAGCUGUAACUGCACCCAACAACCAGUACGUCCAAAGAACUGGGGUCUGCUGGCUGAACUGGGAUGAGUCCAAAGCUCUGCUGGCAUUUGUGAUCCCUGCGCUCUUGAUUGUGGUUGUAAACCUGUUCAUCCUGGUUGUAGUGAUGUGCAAAAUUUUCAGCAGCAGAGGAACGGGGAAUGCCACUUCAGCUCAUCAGAAUCAUGUGCUGUUGAGUAUUGCUCGAAAUUUGGUUGUCCUCACACCUUUAUUUGGAACGACUUGGUGUCUGGGAAUAGGAACCAUGAUCAGUCCCAGAAAUGAAGGAAUCCAUAUUGCAUUUGCAGUCUUCAAUUCAUUGCAGGGCUUCUUCAUAUUGGUGUUUGCAACGCUAUUGGACAAAACGAGCCGGUCAGCACUUGUAAAAACACUGUCUACUGUUACAAGUGUUACAACGAGCACUAAUACUGGAACCACAUCAUCAAGUGGACUGGGCUGGAGAAGAGGAAGAGAUGGUUACAAUGUGGCCUUGGGUGGCCCCUCAAGCAGCUCUGGUGCAUCUGAGUUCUAGUGUUAGAAGCAAGAUAACGAAAGUGAAUUUUCUAAAACGGCCAAACUGUGGUCUUACAGUCUUUUACAAACAAAUUCCAGUUUGCACAGUGUGACUGAGAAUAGUUUUAUAUGAAAUGUAAGGAGCCUGAGCAGUGCAAUGAGAAGAAGAAGAAAAAGAAGAAGAAGAAGAAAAAAAAACUUGAGGCCACGAUUUACUAAUUUAUGGUCACUAGAUAUAACUUGUUCCCUGAAAUGUAUUUACUUGUUUCCACGUUUUAGUUGAUUCAUGGCCAUGAUGAAACAGGUGUACAGUACUCUUCCCUUCUGACUGUGACUGCAAUUGACAACAAAGAUUUGGGCAAACUCGUGCGCAGACCCCAAAGAUCCUCAGGGAUAAAGGAUGUUCCAGAGGACAUUUGUCCCCAAACGAGU